AUGACGGAGGGGCAGUGGACGGUGGUGGUGACGAAUGCGCCGGCCGUGCUGUUCCAGACCCCGGACCACGUGAGACGAAAGGUGGAGGGGCUGCGGGAGGUGCUGCGCGCUGGCGAGGGCGCGGAGGGGGACGUGGCCGUCGCGAAAACGAUACGCGCAAGGCCGGAAGUGCUGCACCUCUCGACCGAAAAUCUGCAGGCGAAGCGGCAUGCCUUGGAGGACAUUGUGGGCGGGCUGCUUGGGGAUGUGCGGGAGCGUGCGGGGGUGUCGGGAGGGGGCGAGGGCGCGGCGGGGGCGGGGGAGGGCGCGGGGCGGAAGCAGCGCGGCGGGAGCCGGGCGCACUGGGCGAAGGCGGGUGCGAGUGUGGAGGGUGUGGCAACGAAGAUGAUCGGGACCGCGCCAGCGCUGCUCACGGGUCGCGAGGAGACGGUGGAGGGGCGCUUAGGCGAGCUGAUGGAUCUGAUGGCGGGGAGGGUGGGGCGGGCGUGCGUGGCGGGCACCAUCAUGUCGUGCCCUCACUUGGUGUCUCGGUGCGACAUUGAGGUGGUGGAGCUGAAGUGGAGGGUGCUGGUGCGCGCGUGCGAGCGCAACGAGGGAUGGGGGGGCUGGCUGGACAGCGGGCCGGCGGGGAGCCUCGGGAUCGUGUUGAUGUCAGACGUGAAGCGCAUUGCGGUGCUGCUGGUGAUUGUGGACCUGGCGGAGGAGUGGGAGGCGGGGGCGGUGUCGGAGGUGAGGGAGGAGGAGGCGGCGGUACGGGAGGCGGCGGUGCGGCUGAUGCGGAGGGCACCCUCGACAUUGGUGGACAUGCCAAUGCCGUGGAAGAAACAACAGGGGGGGCAGAAGAAGCCGCGGAAGAGUAGGAAACAGAAGAGCGUGCUGGAGGUGGAGGGCGUGGACGUGGAGGCGUUCUGGCGGGUGGUGAAGCCGCGGGCGGAGGCGUACGCGACGGCAGCACAGUGA